AUGAAUAGGUACGGUCGGUCUCCCCCAAGAAUUGAUGGGAUGGUGUCAUUAAAAGUUGACAACUUGGCAUACAGAACGACUAUUGAUGAUCUGAGGAGGGUUUUCAGCCGAUUCGGUGAGGUUGGUGAUAUCUAUAUACCUAGAGAUCCCUAUACGUUUGAAAGCCGAGGAUUCGCCUUCGUUAGAUACUGCACUGACCGUGAGGCAGAUUGUGCCAUACGGGGUAUGGAUGGCCACAAAGUAGAUGGGCGAGAGGUCCGAGUUCAAAGGGCUAAAUAUGGACGACCAACACCAAACCGUCGAAGGUAAGUGUCACUUGACAGUAAAUGGAAUUAUGUACUUUGCACUGAGUCCGAGAUGACGCAUACCUUUGCUUCAGUACCUGUUUUACGCCAAAUUGACUAAUUUUUGCGAAAUUAAGGUGAAUAUUCAUAAAUAAUUGUUUCCGUGGUUGAUCAUGGAGUUCGAAAAGAUCUUGAGGGCGCAAGACUAAACCGUGCUCUAGAUUACCAACAUAUUUCUGUGCUUGCUUAGUCUCGUUAGCAGUCGAAGACUGGAUUUUACUGAAUACGGCUCUUUCCUAAAUUAAUCCUGGUUGCUAUGAUUGGCUGUUUGACGUCACCC